UGGUAUUAACCAAAUAUGUUUAUUUUCUAUUUCUUCUAUUCUCUCUUUAACAGUUUCAAUACAAGCGAAACUAUUCUAUCAACCACAGCAGCCCCGCUCGUACCGCCGGUAAUAGCUGAGUCAAUGCAACAAGCACAGAAACAACAGGAACAGAAUAUUUCUCCUUAUGACGAGCAAUCAAAACCGUAUGCUGCAGAACAGCCUAUACUUUACGUAACACCAGCGACAAACAAUCCACAGCAAGACAUAAGAGGCAAUUAUGAAAAUAAUAUGGAACCGAGUCCACCAUCACAAGCAACAGACACUUCAAAACACACAUCUGAUGAAAAUCCAGUGUUGCCAAUUGAUAUUGUGAAAGAGCAAUCAGAUGUAUAUGGUAUGCCGGCGGAACCCUCUCCAACAUUACAGGAUGAUGUAUCAACCGGACGUGCGGUCGACUACAAUCGUCCAUCUUACAAUUUUAAUCAGCUUAUCACGCCUUUAAUUAAAAGUCCACCACCGAUACCGGCGCCAACAUUACGCGAGCGACCAGUUACUACUUCUAAUAUUGGGAAAAUAAUCUAUCCGCAGACGUUUAAUCAACGAAGACCGCCAAAUAUAGCAGAAAUUAAUAAACUUAGUGGCAAAGCACCAUUUAGUGAUCGCUUCACUCCAGGUGAAGCCGUCGCUGCCGGACAAUUUACACGCCAUCACAACCAUAACCAUAACCAUAACCACAACCACGCCCAUCCACCUAGUAACGGCAAUACUAAAGUAGCAGCCGCAUCACAAAUCGUGCAACAAACAUAUAAACCACCAGAAAAUAUAUACUCCUUCCCGCCAAACAUAAACUCUCACUACAAAUCACCUUAUAAGGAUCCCAAUGCGGCCUUGCCAUCCAGCAAUGUGAACAGCUAUGCUGCCACACCAUCCGGUCCGGUUCAAACGAAUAGCAAUUAUAAAUUAGUAGCUGCAGCUAGCAAUAACGACGCCGGCUACAAAUACCCGGGACCAACUAAUCCAGAAAACUUGCCGGCAGCAGGUGGAGGCAAUGAUGCUGCGAAAAUACCUAUGCCCGCUGGCAAUGACGAUCAGAAGAAUAUGAAUGGCGCUGUUGGUGGUGAUGGGGAUGCUGAUAAUGGUUCGGAUGAUAUAAUCGGUGUACUGCCCGCCAGCGCCAUGGACGGCGAUGCUGGGAAGAAUGCAGGUGGUAAUGAUGCUGGUGCAGAUGAUAGUAAUACCGGUGAUGACGCAGGUGCAAUGGCUGGGGAUCAUGAUCACGAUCAUCCACCGCCUGUUGAUGAUACCGAGUACCCAACACCACCACCUGGCUGGAUGGAGGAACAACCCGAUGUAGCGCCAGCUCAACCCUUUAUACAUGACACCUAUCACGAUAUACACAGCGAUCAUUCUUACGGUUUUCAUGAUCAUUUCCCUGCAUAUCCACAAUAUUUCCAUCAUUAUCCCGAAAUCAUUUACGACGAUCAUCACCAUCACGAUCAUCACACAUACCCGCCACCAACGUUGCCGCCGGUCACUACAGAGAUGCCACCACCCGAGCCGCCACCGGAACCGCGUGUCAAGAAGUACAGUUACUUCUAUAUCGGCCGCAAAUUGUGGUACAUACCACUCUACUUCACCGUCUGGUUCAGUUUUUACGUGCUGUGGCUUAUCCUCAAAUCGAUUGCGCGACACAAGGUCAAUUUACCAAAUCAUUACGUCAGCAAACGUAGUCUACCCGACUUCGUCGUGACAGAGAUGCGAGCGAAUGAGUACAUUAAUGACCUAACCGUAUCUGUUUUGGAGAAAAUUGAAAAUUUUCAACACAAAUAUCUUACAUGACUGAAAGUAUUUCGAAAUCGGCAUUAAUCAUUUACAGGAAAAUCUUAUUUGUUUAU